GUGGAAUGAUUGACAAUGCUAUAAGCCAAUAACACACGUCGAGGGGCGGGACUUUGUUGAGGAUUCGUUUCCGGGGUAUGUGCGAGUCAGAAGGAACACAUGUGUGGAUGUUUUGCGGCAGUUCGUCUCGUGUUCACACAAUCUGUGCUGUUUUCUUCUCAUUCUGUGUUAAAGCGCAUUGUUUACUGUCCAAAGAGAAGCAUUGAAGGAUCCCGCUGUGCUGCCACUCACUCCACACUGAUCUCUGAGCCGAUGGAGGAGUCUGGAUCCACACCGGUCUCUGUUCCUCUUCUGACCGGAGAGAAACGAUCUUUCCCUGAUGAGGAUCCGGAUCCCGCUGCCAAGAGGGUCAGAGUCGAGGAAGAGGAGAGCAGAAGAGGAGAGGAUGAGGAAGAGCAGCCGGAUGAGGAAGAAGAGCCGUGUGAGGAGGAGGAGGAGAGUUUUGCUGACAUGAUGAAGCACGGCCUCAGUGAGGCAGACGUGGGCAUUCACAAGUUCAUCAGCGAACACGAGGGCUUCUCUGGCAUCCUGAAGGAGAGGUACUCAGACUUUGUGGUCCAUGAGAUCAGUAAAGACGGGAAGAUCGUUCGUUUGGAUGAUCUGUCCGUUCCCGCGGAUGUCGAGGAAAUCUCUCCGGAGCUCAGUCCGGCCGAGUGUCAGAGUCUGACGGAGGAGCAGAAGCAGCAGCUGGCCGAGCUUCAGCUCUUCAAGAACAAAGAGGGGAACGUGGCCAUCGAGGUGCAGGAGGACUCAAAGGAGAAGCGCACUCUCCUGCACAAAGCCGUGAAGACGCUGUAUCCUGGCCUGGAGACCAAGACUGAGGACAGGGAAGGGAAGAAGUUCAUCGUGGCGUAUCAUGCUGCGGGGCAGAAAGCGCUGGCAGCUCCUCGAAAGCAUUCGUGGCCGAAGAACCGUGGGAGUUUCUGCCAUUUCGUGCUCUAUAAGGAGAACAAGGACACCAUGGAGGCCAUCAACCUUCUCUCCAAGUUCCUCAGGGUCAGGCCCAACAUGUUCUCCUACAUGGGCACCAAAGACAAGAGGGCCAUCACAGUGCAGGAGAUCGCCGUCCUGAAGAUCAGCGCUGAAAGAUUGUCUCACCUCAACAAAUGCCUCAUGAACCUGAAGCUGGGAAACUUUAGCUACAAGAGACAUCCAUUAAAACUCGGAGAGCUGCAGGGAAACCACUUCACGGUGGUUCUCAGGAAUAUCUCUGGCUCUCUGGAGCAGGUGGAGCAGGCCAUGACUUCACUCCGAGAAACCGGCUUCAUUAACUACUACGGCAUGCAGCGCUUCGGGACCACAGCCGUACCCACACACCGGGUCGGCAGGGCAAUAUUGCAGAACAACUGGAAGGAAGUGAUGGAUCUCAUCCUGAAGCCUCGUCCUGGAGCGGAGAAGGGUUAUCUGGUGAAGUGCAGAGAGGAGUGGGCGCGCUCUCACGACCCAGAGGCGGCUCUCAAGAAACUGCCGGUCAAACGCUGCGUCGAGGGCCAGUUACUGCGAGGCCUGGCCAAAUACGGCAAGAACAACAUCAUCACAGCGUUCGGACUGAUCCCUCGUAACAACAGGCUGAUGUACAUCCACAGUUACCAGAGCUACGUGUGGAACUCUAUGGUCAGCAAACGCGUGGAGGCCUUCGGGCUGAGAGCCGUGGAGGGAGAUCUGAUCCUCAGAGGAGGCUCCGCUCAUGUCCUGUCAGCUGACGAGGCAGAGAAACACUCCAUUCAUGAUGUGGUGAUGCCGCUGCCCGGGUUUGACGUCAUCUACCCCGCUCAUAGCGUGGGUCGAGGAUACAGAGACAUGCUGAGCGCCGAUGAUCUGGACAUCGAUAACAUGAGGCACAAAGUUCGGGAUUAUUCUCUGGCCGGCGCUUACAGAAAAGUCCUCACACGGCCCAGCGACGUCAGCUGGGAGCUGAUUCAGUACGAUGAUCCACGAGUGCCUCUCGUUCACACAGAUGUGGAGAAAUUAGAAAACGCUCCAGCUCCAGUUUACCUCACAGAAGGGAAGUAUCGGGCGCUGAAGAUGGAGUUUUCUCUGCCGUCCUCCACUUACGCCACGAUGGCGGUCAGAGAAGUGCUGAAGAUGGACACCAGCAUCAAGAACCAGACGCAGCUGAACACCACCUGGCUGAACUGACCGUCACAAACUCUCUUUCGCCAGGGUUACUCCUGCAGUUUAUUUUGCUACGUCGAGAAGAAGCUACACGUUUUUCUGUUUACUCAGUUUUAGUGUUAGGGUUUUUUUAAAGCUCUGCCAGAUUAUAAAGACAAUUAUUACAUGUUUUCAGAACAUCAGCAUAACCUGAACUUUGAGCAGUAAUUGAACACAUUCUGGUUCUUGUGAGAUUAAUUUAGCUAUUUGAUGAUUUAUUAUUGUAAAAUAUUGGAUUCCUGCUGAAUCUUUCAGUGUGAAUAUUUUAAUCUGAAUAAAUGAAUAUUCCUGAUCAUG